AUGAGCUACGAUAGAACCCCUCAACUUCAUUCAACUCAGUUUACACCAUUGAAAAACAAACGUUCGAGGCGUUUGUUACCUAGAGAAGAUACAUUAAAUCUUUCGCCAAUAUUAAAUGAAACAUCUAUUUUUAAAAAUAUAAAUGACACAAGUUUAAGACAAAUCAUAGAUGAGUCUUCUAUGAUUGUGAACACAGGUAAUGUUGGUGAUAGCUUAAGCGAACCUUUCUUUGAAAUAAUACAGUCAAGUCGCCCAAGUGAUGUCUUAGGUACUUUACAGAGGUUAUCCCAAGUUUGUUGCGAUUCCUUAGAGUUAGUCGAGCCUUGGAAUAGAUAUAAUGCGCAAAAUUAUUGGUUAGCCGAGGAGGCUAAUACAUGGAAACUUUUACAUUGUUUGUAUGCUGAUUCAAUAUCUGAACACCCAGAAUCUUUUGAAAGCAUAAUAACUGAGACAAAUUUGUCGCAGCAGACACUAGUAGAAGCUCUUUUCGAGAGCGAUUCGGAAUUACGCCUCAUGCAGUUGUUAGUAGAUUGGUUGGAAGCCUCUGCAGCUUAUCAAGAAGAAGCUACAAAGACCUCUGCUCCAGUAAUAGGCAACAACAUCCAUUGGGGUAACACACUUCAUGAGUUACUCAUUGGUACCAGUUUGUUUAACAAACAGAAAAACAAAGCCAUGAUUACAUGCAUUGAUCCUGAUGCACCACGGCGGCAAAAAAGAUCGAUACACACUGAUGACCAGAAAGAUGAUAAUGACUUGUGUAAGAGAAUUUUUACUGAAGUCAGAUGUGGAAAAUUUAAAGAAGCAGUUUCUUUAUGUAUAAGUGCAGGCCAAGCAUGGAGGGGGGCUGCACUUCAGGGUUGGCAACUGCUUCAUUAUUUACCAAGAGAAGAUUGCAAUUCUCCUGUAGAAAUAUCUGGAAACCCUUCAAGAGAUCUUUGGAAGUGGUGUGCAUUGGGAAUAGCCAAUAAUGUUACUGAAAAUAUGCAUUAUAGAGCUACAAUAGGUAUUCUUUGUGGUUAUCUGUCAAGUGCUAUUCCUGUUUGUCAAGGAAACUGGGAGGACUUGCUUUGGGCGCACCUGCGGGUUCAAAUUGAAGCUAAGGUUGAUACAUUUCUUCAUGAGCAUCAUGCUACAGCAGAAGCUAAUACUACAUCAUCAGAUAUCCUAGAGCUGUUACAAACAGAGUUGCAGGUGGAAGAAAUUUCUUUGCAACAAAUAUUCAGUGCAGUAAAGGCACUAAUGGAUGGUAAAAGAGAAUCCAACUAUCAAACUUGUCAAAGACAUCUCAUGUUGGGCAAUAUAAGGGCAAUAAUGCAAGAUUCUUUAAACUGGCUUGAAAGUGCAGAAGAAAAAUUUAUAAGAUUUCUAGCUCAUUUGAUAUUGGUGUUACGAUUAAUGGGCAAAGAUCCUCAUCAUGAUAUUGGAGAUAAAGUUUUAGAAAAAUAUGUUACUCAACUUAUAGACACCUUGGUUGAUGGAUCAAUUGAAUGUCCUGAGCUAAUAGCUUAUUAUACAUCAACAGUGCCAGGGCCUAGACAAGUAGAAUUAUAUGCAAAUUUGAUGGAACAUAUACAUAAAAGUGACUUCAGAGAGGGUGUAGUUAAAGCUGGCUUGACAGCAGGAAUUGAUGUUGCUGCAUCUGCUAGAGUUGCCAUAAAGAAAGCCAUAGCUGCUAUACAACAAGGUUAUGGCACGGAAUUAUCAUUUACUCAGCCUACUGUUGUUGAAAAGGACAAAACAUUAAUACAAAAUGUCAUACAUUCACUAGAAUGGCUUUCACUUGUAGAUAACCAGCUUACUGAAGCUUUAUGGUUGAGCAAUGCAAUAAUAAGAACAUUUAUUUUUAUUAGCAAUACUGAUGCUUCUUUAGCAUGUGUUGCUAGUGUGGGUCAAAUGUUUCCCAGCUUUGUAAGCAAGGUUGCACCAGAUUCCUCGGAGUUAAGAGAGCACUUGUGUUUGAAAGCUUAUCUGGAAGCUAUUGAAGGUUUUGCUACUUGGUACAGACAUUUUGUAAGUGGACAGCCUAAAGAUGUAGACCCAUUACCAUCAGAUGCAUCUUUCUCAGAUAAAGUUCAUCAUGAGCAAAGAUGUGCUGUUGUGGAGCAACAGAAAGUACGUUGGAGGAAUGCUGUUCUCCAUCAGUCUCGUCAUGCCAAGAACUUGUUAUAUAAUGUUUUGCUCUUCCCGGGAGGAUGGCUUCAUGAUGAAAAUGACAGCACUUCUUCCCAAUACUUUACAGAAGAGGAAAAGCAAGAACGAGCCAAGCAACUGGAAACUCUAAGACGUCUUUGUAUUCCAGAAAUUGUAAUUUUAAUUUUAAAAAUUUUGCAAAGUAAUGACGACAUUGAUAGUCACAAAGAAGCAGUCAAACUAAGUCAUUUAAUUGCAGCUGAGAACAGAUGUUUGUAUAAAGUUUUCACUAAAUCUAAACUUGUGGAGGUAUUAGAUAUGAUCAAAGAAUCGAGUUUAGUUUUAUUAGAGAAAGGAAGAGAUAUGUUUGGUUAUGAAUUGGAUGAAUAA